GCAUUGUGAGAAGGUGGGUGGGUAACAAGAGGGGUUGAGCAGUGAUCAGGGACAGGAGGGAGUUGACUGCUGGGAGGGUGAUAGGAAGGGUAGACGGCAGGAGGGUGAGCAGCAGUUGAUGGGGAUCUGGAGUAAGGGAUUUGAUUUUAGCGCAUUUUUAUUUCCUGGGUGGAUGGCUGUGAAAAUUAUUUAAAGUGAUUGAAAACAAAAACAUAAAUUGCUGAAGAAACUCUGCAGGUCUGGCAGCAUCCGUGGAGAGAAAGCAGAGUUAAUGUUUUGGGACCAGCGACUCUUCUUCCACUGUUUCAUUCCAGAUUUCCAGCGUCCCGUAGUUCUUUGCUUAGUUUCAAUGUAAUUGGUUGCUUGAAAAACUUGUCACUCAUCACCGCAGUUCCUGUUGAGAGCGAAUACAGAAUAACGCAAUCAGUCUCCCAUGGAAAGAGUUACAGUGGUCGCCACCGAUAUCAACACAUCUGUCGGCAAGGCUUUCUUCCAAGUUGGCAACUAAACAGGAUUAGCUGCUGGUCACGACGGUUUGUGAGGCUAGAACUAUCUUAAUUCGAUGCAGUGCCUUCCAUUGCAGCCACAAAUGCUCCGGUUUUGCAUCCUCGCUCCAUUCUGAGGGAUUGGGGAAGCAAUGAAAUCAGAAGGCGAGCAGGCGGAUUCCUGAAAGUGCAGAUAGACGUUAAAUCGCCUGUUGGAAGAGGAACAGGCAAUUUCCAGGUGUCCAUUCUGCUUUCAUUGAGAAGGACCUCAAACAGGUUUUCCAGUUGCACAUCUCACUUGUUUGUGGAACAUUCCUGUGUACACAUUGGCUCCAGCUGUGCCUGUGUAAGGAAAAUUUCACAAUUCAGAAGGAAUCUUCGGAUUUGAAGUGCUUUGUAACGUGAUAAGAUUUCUCAACAGUGCAAGAAUGUCCAAGACAAACAAUUACUACUUUCAGUACAAAGGCUGUAACUUUGUUUCCACUAUCUACACGAAAGAACAUUUAGAACAACUGGAACAUUUUGAAAUAAAGGACACAGAUGUCUUUAUUGUGACGUACCCUAAAUCUGGUACGAUAUGGAUGCAGCAAAUAAUGAGUUUAAUUUAUUCUGAUGGUGACCCAGCUGCUGUACAAAACAAACCAGCAAUCGAACGUGUCCCUUGGAUUGAAGUACCAAACUCAAAUUUUCCAGCACGCCCAUCCCCUCGCCUGAGUGUGACACAUUUGCCCUAUCACCUAGUUCCAAAAGCCUUGAAGGAAAAGAAGGGAAAAAUUAUUUAUGUUGCACGGAAUCCUAAGGAUGUACUGGUGUCUUCCUAUUAUUUCCAUCAGCAUCUUGCCCUUUAUGAGUCACCAAAGGAUUUUCCAGACUUUCUAGAAAAAUUCCUUGAAGGCAGAGUGGAAUUCAGCUGCUGGUUUGACCAUAUCAGAGAGUGGUAUGCUCACAAGGAUGCAUUCAACUUUUUGUUCAUGACUUAUGAAGAGUUGAAGAAAGAUCUUAGAGCAUCAAUACAAAAAAUUUGCAACUUUGUUGGAAGACAGCUGGAUGAUGAAAAACUGGACAGCGUGUUAGAACACUGCAGGUUUGAUAUUAUGAAAAAGAAUCCAAUGGCCAACUAUGAAGGAAUUCCCAAAAGAUCCGAAGAAGGAACAUUCCUUCGGAAAGGUAAAAUUGGAGACUGGAAAAAUCACUUCACUGUGGCUCAAUCUGAAAUGUUUGAUAGAGUUUUCCAAGAAAAAAUGAAGGAUGUGCCUUUAAAGUUUAUCUGGGACAAUGAAUAAAUCAAAUGCAACAAUGAACAGUAUGUGAUAUUCUGGAAACAAAGGAAAAUGAGAACAAGAGAAUAUGUAUGUCUAAACAGUGUAUUUGUGGAGAAUUAUACUUAGAAGGGUAAAUUUAUACAUUUUAAAUACAGGCAAACAUUCAAUGUAUGAAAGUUUAGAUGCAAGCAAGCAUUAAGCAUUUGAUUACUAUUGAUCAAUCAAAUCCUGUGGAUUAGCAAAAAUUGAUAAUCUGGAUUUCUUGUGUUUUCUGGUUGUAGAAUAUGGUUCUAAAUUCUGCAUUGGAAAUAAUGAGACACAUACUCAAGAUUUUCAAUCAUUGUGCAAAACAUAGAACAGUGACAUAUUAUUUGCUUUAAAAAUUUAGAAUAUUGUCAUGUAUUUCUCAAAGUUCAGACCUGGGAAAAUUUAUGGAUUUCUGGAGCAUGCAUGUACUUGAUUUCUUUUGUAGUCUAACAAGUUUGGAUGUGCUAGUUUCUGAAGUUCUUUUCAAGUAGUUAGUUGUUUUAUUUUUCCAUGAAAAAGAUGUAUAAAUGUAGAUAUUCAGCUGUAAAAUUUAAAAAUUGAUCACUAUGAAAUGCUAAAUACAUUUACAUAGAAUUACAUUUACAGCACAGGAACAGGCCUUUCAGUCCAAUCUGGAAAAUGCUGGUGUUUGUGUUCCAUUCACGCCACCUCACAGCUAUCACCAUGCAUUCCAAAAAAAUAAUGGCACACUGUUAGAAAUUGAUUUCUCCUACUUCUCUCACAAAGCAUGAACACGGCCUCAGGGAAUGCUUUAAGGGGCCAGAAACAAUUUCCGCUGCUGCUGCAGAGCUUCCUUAUUCCUGAAUGGCCCCAGGGGCUCGGCAUUGCUCCCUUCGACGGAACUGUCCACUGCUGUCCUCAAAGAUUCCAACUACUCCACAGUCCUCUAUGGCCCUGUUGUUUCAAGUAAAACAAUCAGUUAAAAAUUCUGCCCCUGGUAUCUGCUUUAGCUUUACAGCUACCAAACGAUAAAGUGCUUAAUUGAUUAAGUUUCUGGUAAAUUGGAACGUCAUACACAUUGAUUAGAGGAAGACUCAUUGGUGGUUAUGAACGAGAGCUGAUUAGGCAUUAUUUGUUGAAAAUAAGCAUUCCCUUUGUCCAGAUAUAGUGCAAAUGCUAUCUGACACUGGUCAUCCCAGGCUGGAUGAAGUCCUGGCUCAGCUAUAGAUUGGCAAAAGCUUUUUCAGUAACAGUAAUUUGAAUGCUACUGAAUGCUAUAGAAUCACUAUUACAAGAGUGGUACUGAAAUGAUGAUGGCCCCAUGGUGAUGGAUGAAUUUGAUGAUUUUGGGGCUAAGAACACUGUUCCUGAGGAUCUUCUGUUGCAAUGCCCUGACUUGUGUCAUCUCUGGAAAGCUCCUGAGUGGAGCAAUCCUAGUUCCUUUGUCAGGUAUGACUCUAGCGACUGGAUGAUUUUCCCCUCUAGUCCCCAUGCAUUUACAUUUUGCCUGGGCACAGCUUUAUUCAUAAUAAGAUUGUUUAAUUAUAUUGGGAAUGGAUUUAUUUUGUUUGGAGUGGAGAGGAGUCAAACGAGCCAGGAUAUUGUCACAAAUGUUGUGAUUUGGUGUGAUUUAUGAUAUUCUGGCCUGUGUUUAUUAAAAAAUACAAUAAAACUUGUUUUACUUUCUCAUGUAAAUAAUUGUUUGCUAUCUUUUAAGGGAAAUGUUCUUUGAGGUUUUUUUUGUAACUGGCCUCUUUGAGAAUUUUCCCACUGUUCUGAAAAUUUAAUGGAAAUAGUAAUUAAUAUGUAAUGAAUUGUUUGAAUAUGUACUUUUUUAUAUCAUGUUUAAACUAAAUAGACAACAUUUUCUAAUGUUAACAUGAGGUCUUUAUCUCCAUAUUAACUUCCAUAAUUUUUCAAUAAUUGAUUAUUUCAAAUAGUGAUUUGAAUAGUAUAAAUUGAUGCGAAGAAAUAAAUCUUAUUAACCAUA